UCCUCCCACAACAAUCACACCUUCAGUGAAGCUCCUCCCACAACAAUCACACCUUCAGUGAAGCUCCUCCCGCUGCAGUUCAGCAAUAAAUGCUGGAAUAUUCCCAUCAGUCUACAAGUGAAGACGAGCAUCAGAGCAUCAGGAAGAAGUGAAAUCUGCAGAGACAGAGUUUAUUGAAGGACAGAGAGAACAUGAGAGAUCCAGAACCCUGCAGAAUGAAACACACUGAAGAACAAACAGGUCUAAUGGAGGAGAAAAAACAUCAUGUCAAAACUGGAGAAAAAACUCUCUUGCCGACUGAAAGUAUUUCUUUAUUGAAAAGAAGAGACAAGAAAAGGUUCACCUGCACUCAGUGUGGAAAGAGUUUCACAAACAAACAGAAUCUCAAUGUUCACAUGAGGAUCCACACUGGAGAGAAACUGCAUGAAUGUGAUCAAUGUGGAAAAACUUUUUCAUGGGCUUCAAACCUGAAGGAGCACCUGAGAGUUCAUACGAAGGAGAAACCACAUUCAUGUUCUUUCUGUGGAAAGAGUUUUUCACAACAACAGAGUUUAAAAGUUCAUCAGAAGAUACACACUGGUGUGAGAGAUCAUAUGUGCUUUGAGUGCGAGAAGACUUUUAUUACAGCUGGUCAGUUAAAACGGCACCAGAUGAUCCACACUGGAGAGAAACCUUACAAGUGUUCACACUGCGACAAGAGAUUCAAUCAGUCAGGAGAUCUGAAAUCACAUGAGAGGAUUCACACUGGAGAGAAACCGUAUCACUGCACUGCAUGCGGGAAGAGUUUCGCUCAUUCUUCUUCUCUACGUUUUUCACAGCACAUGAUCAUCGACACUGGAGAGAAACUGCAUGAAUGUGAUCAAUGUGGAAAAACAUUUUCAUGGGCUUCAAACCUGAAGGAGCACCUGAGAGUUCAUACGAAGGAGAAACAACAUUCAUGUUCUUUCUGUGGAAAGAGUUUUUCACAACAACAGAGUUUAAAAGUUCAUCAGAAGAUACACACUGGUGUGAGAGAUUAUAUGUGCUUUGAGUGUGAAAAGACUUUUAUUACAGCGCACCAUUUAAAACUGCACCAGAGGAUCCACACUGGAGAGAAACCUUACAAGUGUUCACACUGCAACAAGAGAUUCAGUCGGUCAGAACAUCUGAAAAAUCAUGAGAGGAUCCACACUGGAGAGAAACCAUAUCAUUGCACUGCAUGCGGGAAGAGUUUCACUCAUUCAGCUUCUCUACGGAGUCAUAAACUAAACAAUCACAUUAAGUAG